GACCCGUGAAGUCAUUUCACUCAACUUGGUCAUUUCCUUUUCAGGCCAAGUCCUUUGUAUUGUAUAUCACUUUCCCCUCUUUACUGUGAAUGUGAUCAUCAUCUCCCAAUUAUUUUGGCGAUGGGAUCUCUUCUCCGCAUGAAUCGCUUUUUAUCUUCCAUCGUGGAUUCAUGUAACUGCAUCAUCGACCCACAAUUGCCUGCUGAUGACUUGCUAAUGAAGUAUCAGUACAUAUCUGAUUUUUUCAUAGCACUUGCUUAUUUCUCCAUUCCAGUGGAGUUGAUAUACUUCGUUAAGAAGUCUGCUGUUUUUCCAUAUAGAUGGGUUCUUGUGCAGUUUGGUGCUUUCAUAGUUCUUUGUGGAGCAACACAUCUUAUCAACUUAUGGACAUUUAAUAUGCAUACAAGGAAUGUGGCAAUAGUAAUGACUACUGCAAAGGUCUUGACUGCGCUGGUAUCAUGUAUAACUGCGCUCAUGCUUGUCCACAUCAUUCCUGAUUUAUUAAGUGUCAAAACUAGGGAACUAUUCUUGAAAAAGAAAGCUGCACAGCUUGAUCGUGAAAUGGGUAUUAUUCGCACUCAAGAGGAGACUGGUAGACAUGUUAGAAUGCUAACUCAUGAAAUCCGAAGCACUCUUGAUAGACAUACUAUUCUAAAGACUACACUGGUUGAGCUAGGAAGAACAUUGGCCUUAGAAGAGUGUGCAUUGUGGAUGCCAACACGUACUGGAGUAGAGCUUCAACUUUCUUACACUCUACGUCAUCAAAAUCCAGUUGGACUGACUGUACCUAUACAACUUCCUGUAAUCAACCAAGUUUUCAGUACAAACCGUGCCGUACAAAUAUCACCAAAUUCUCCUGUUGCAAAACUUCGACCUACUGGGAAAUACAUGCCUGGUGAGGUGGUUGCUGUCAGGGUUCCGCUUCUGCAUCUCUCAAACUUUCAGAUUAAUGAUUGGCCUGAACUUUCAACAAAGCGCUAUGCUUUAAUGGUUUUGAUGCUUCCUUCAGACAGUGCAAGACAAUGGCAUGUCCAUGAGCUGGAACUUGUUGAAGUGGUAGCUGAUCAGGUUGCUGUUGCUCUCUCACAUGCUGCAAUUUUAGAAGAAUCGAUGAGGGGUAGGGAUCUUCUUAUGGAGCAGAAUGUGGCUCUUGAUCUGGCAAGAAGAGAAGCAGAAAUGGCUGUUCGUGCACGUAAUGAUUUCUUGGCUGUUAUGAAUCAUGAAAUGAGAACUCCCANAGACUUUUCACUAUGUUUUGUCCUUAACUUAAUCAAGCCUAUUGCAUCUGUGAAAAAGCUGUUCGUCACACUUAGUUUGUCUUCAGAUUUACCAGAAUAUGUAAUUGGGGAUGAACAACGGUUAAUGCAAAUUCUAUUAAACAUCGUCGGCAAUGCUGUAAAGUUCUCAAAGGAAGGCAGCGUGUCAAUUUCUGCUUUUGUUGCAAAAUCAGAUUCUUUAAGAGAUCCUAGAGCCCCCGAGUUUUUUGCUGUGGCUAGUGAAAAUCACUUUUAUUUACGUGUACAGGUAAAAGAUACCGGGAUAGGAAUUAAUCCCCAGGAUAUUCCCAACCUGUUUAGCAAGUUUACACAAAGCCAAGCGCUAGCUUCUACAAAUUCUGGUGGCACUGGGCUUGGCCUUGCAAUUUGUAAGAGGUUUGUAAAUCUUAUGGAAGGACAUAUUUGGAUUGAAAGUGAAGGUCUUGGCAAGGGAUCCACUGCUAUAUUUAUUAUUAAACUUGGCAUUCCUGGACGCUCCAAUGAAUCUAAGCUCCCAUUUGUGGCCAAAUUGCCAGCAAAUCACAUGCAGAUGACUUUUCAAGGACUAAAAGUUUUGGUUAUGGAUGAUAAUGGGGUUAGCAGGAUGGUAACUAAGGGUCUGCUCGCACACCUUGGAUGUGAUGUAACAACAGUUGGCUCACGUGAUGAGUGCUUGAGAGUUGUUACUCAGGAACACAAGGUAGUGUUCAUGGAUGUUAGCAUGCCAGGUAUAGACUGUUAUGAAGUUGCCGUACUGAUUCAUGAAAGGUUUGGGAAACAUCAUGGCAGGCCACUUAUUGUGGCGUUAACAGGGAACACGGACAGAGUAACUAAGGAAAACUGCAUGAGAGUUGGUAUGGAUGGAGUUAUUCUAAAACCUGUUUCAGUGGAUAAAAUGAGAAGUGUUUUAUCUGAGCUGUUAGAGCAUGGAGUUGUACUUGAAUCUUAGUGAACCUAGGAGUUUGGGCGGGGGGAGGGGGGAGCGCUUCACUACCAAGAUAAGUAUAUGUCAAGACCUCAACAAAAUGUGCAGCAACCAUUAGAAAAUUCACUCAAAUGCACGGGUCACUGUAUAUAUGUCUCGGCUUUGGGCAAAAGGAAGAGUUAUUCUUGAUGAGGGCACAAUAUGACACUUGCAGGUGUAUGUAUCUGAUUAAAAGUGAUGCAGAAUGGUGCUCAAGGACUUCAACAAAUUUGUAGAAAGGAAUUGAUUUUUCCACGUCAAUUCAAAUGUUGAAGUGUUCAUAUUCCACGGAACUUGCAUAACAUCUGGACGUUGACACAUUCCGUCAUUGCUUAGAAACUUUAGAAACAUUGAAAAUUUCUGGAAACCAUAUUGCCUUGGCUUAAACUUUGGGGCAAAAACAUGAUUGAUGAAUAGAUUAUGUGUUUCUUCUUA